AUGCGACCGAGAAUCGACGCCCGGUCGAUCGUUCUCGUCGUUUGUCUGCUAUUCACUGAUUGUCUAGCCAGAGAUGGGUACAUAAUCACGCGAUGGGCAGAAACCUUGGGGACCGAAUUAUGGGAACUGGCAGAGAAGGUGGCGAGACCUGAAGAACUAUUAAGAAAAUACAAAGCGAUGAACACGCGAGUGGAGGAUAAAUCUGGAGAGGAGCUGGUGAACAUAAUCAGCGAGAACGUCGGCAGGAUGCUGCGGCGGAAGAUGGACGCGGUGACCUGUAUCCGGAUGACGGCCGAGGAAAACGCAGAGAAUUGGGAGGAUGAGGAAGGGAACUUCACUUACGUUUCUGGGAAGUACAGUCGUAUAGUGAACGAGAAGCAGCCCACGCUCCCGGAGAACAUGGAGAAAAACGUAGAUGCUUACAGAGAAAUGAAGCUAACGUCGGACUCGCAUUUCUACAACAUACCAGUGAACACAAGUUUCUCGUCGGUGCACAUACCAACGAACGUGUACGAUAUGUCUCCAAGAGUGGUCGAGGACAUCAAGAAAACCGAGACCCUCGACGAGAUCUUCCGGCAAAACUACGAGUCUGAUCCAGCCCUGUCCUGGCAGUAUUUCGGCUCUGUCACGGGAAUGUUGAGGCAGUAUCCUGCCAUGCAGUGGCGGACAGAUCCCACGGAGAAUAACGAGGAGCCGGAGGAAGAAGAAGAGGCAAAGAAGGAGGACGAAGACGAAAAAGAGAGUGACGACACAGAGGCAGACAUUUAUGAUUGCAGAGUACGCAGCUGGUUCAUCGAGGCUGCGACUUGUAGCAAAGACAUGGUGAUCCUGAUGGACACCAGUGGCAGUAUGACUGGCAUGGGAAAGACUAUUGCUAGAACAACGGUGAAUACGAUACUAGACACACUUUCCAACAACGAUUUUGUGACAGUAUUGAGCUACACGAAUGAAACCUACGACGUGGUACCGUGUUUCAAAGAUAUGCUAAUCCAAGCUACUCCAGAGAACGUAGAGACGUUCAAGAAGGCGACGAUAACCGUGAAAACAGAAGGUUUGGCAAAUCUUACAGAAGCGUUCACCAGAGCUUUCAACCUCUUGAGCACCUACAGAGAAACCCGAGGCUGUGACGCUGACACACCGUGCAACCAGUUAAUCAUGCUCGUCACGGAUGGCGUUCCAGGAAAUCUGACAGAGGUCUUCAAAGCGUGGAAUUGGCAAGACAAUAAUACUCACAUACCGGUAAGAGUAUUCACGUACCUUCUUGGCAAAGAAAUCACGAAAGUUCGUGAGAUUCAGUGGAUGGCCUGUCUAAAUCGCGGUUACUAUACUCACGUUCAUACACUGGAGGAGAUACGAGAACAGGUGUUAAAAUAUAUACCUGUAGUGGCACGACCAAUGGUUCUACAAGCUUUGGUGCAUCCUGUCGUUUGGACUCACGCUUACGCGGACAUUACGAAUCCAGCACUCGCCACUUGGCUAUGGCUGGUGAUGAAGCACCACGAGCAACGAUCUCGACUUCAGAAGCAUCUGAAAGGAAAGCGUCUCGGCGUGCGAAUAAACGAGGACGAUAUCUACAUACAGCAGCUCCACAAGGAUGAGGACGUUCGACAGGAUGCGUCCACGUUGAACACUACAGCCUGGCAAGAGUACAGACUCCUUACCUCCGUCAGUACGCCUGUGUUCGACCGUAAAGGGAAUCGCAACAAUCAAACAAGAAUAGCGAAUUUAUUAGGCGUGGCUGGGACGGAUGUGCCAAUUGACGACAUCCGAAAGCUCACGUUGCCAUACAAGUUAGGCGUGAAUGGAUACGCUUUCAUUGUGACUAACAACGGAUACGUGAUACUGCAUCCUGACCUGAGGCCCGUCUACAAGGGCAAAUUGAAGCUGAAUUACAACAGUAUUGAUCUGACGGAAGUGGAGAUCUUAGACGAUGGCCGGAGUCCUAGGAACCCUGGGCCAGAGGUGUUGGAGCUUCGUGCCGCUCUGGUGGACCACGAGAGAGGAAAGAUGAAAGGGGUACCGGUGAAAUUACAUUACGAUGACAAUCGUCGCGUGACUCUCGAACGACGUGACUACUUUUACGCGCCUCUACCAGGGACACCUUUUGGUCUAGCCGUCGCUAUACCAAACUAUGGCACAACUUGGAUCAAGGUGGGUGACGAGAUCCGGAGGAACCAAAACAUGAACGUGAACAUCUCCGAGUUCUUCGUGGGCAAUAAUUGGCGUGUACAUCCCGGUUGGGUGUACUGUCGCUUUCACUAUUUGGAGGGUCAUCAAUUCGACAAUCCCGAGGAAGAGUUACGACACUUUUUGGAACUGUUGAACAAGCCUGGCUGGCGUUGGGCGGAACAGUACGAAGCUUAUUCCAUAACAGAAAACGAAACAGACUAUGUUCCUAACUGUGGUAGACAAACAUUGUCACACGAUGACUACUAUUGCAACAAAGAAUUAAUGCAGCUGUUAGUUUUCGAUGCAAAGGCAACCAACGCUACGUUCGCUAAUAAUUUUGUAUUGGACGAUCCUCGAGCGCAAAAUUUAUCUGAAACGUACAAAAUCUUCUUGAGAUUUGUCGCUACACAGAGUGGUUUAACCAGGUGGCACCAUUUGAGCAAGAAUAAACUGCCUGAAGAAGACGAUGGAAUUGUUUUUGGAGAUCUUCAUAGGAGAGCUGUGAACGAACCCUGGUACAAGGGCGCUAUUUUCCAGAAUAUUCUGGAUCCUAACAGUAUAUCCCUGUCAGUACCCUGGGAAGCAGGAACAGACGCAGUAGUGACAGUCUCGAAAGGAAUAUUCCCAAAAGACGGCGGCAAAACGGCACCAGCCGCGGUGAUAGGCUUCCAAAUGCCCAUGACCGCUCUCUACGAGAGAUUCAUCAAUGUGACCCGCAGUCCAAUCAACGGAACUACAGACUGCAAUGACACAUGGAUCGAUUGUUACUUGCUGGACCAAAAUGGCUACGUGGUGAUCUCAGAAGCUCACAACGACACUGGUCAAUUCAUGGGUACUCAAGAAGGUGCUGUGAUGAACUCUAUGGUUGGCCAAGGUCUCUACAAUCCGGUAGACAUCUACGAUUACCAAGCUUGGUGUGAGGAAGUACGUAUCCAGGAUGCGGCCAGCACGCUCACGGACCCGCUGAUGUACGUCUGGAAACUGUUGCUCUGGUUUCUGCUGCGUGUGACGUGGUUCACGACCCAGUUCGUGAACUUGCCGGUCGGUUAUGCCAAAGUUCACUUCGACGAGGACGCCCCGGACCCGCCUCCUCCACCACGACCCUAUCUUUAUCAUUAUCCAUGUGACCAGAAGAGGACCCUUUACAUGAUGAAUAACACUAUUGCUGGCAAGGGUAUCACCGAUCAUCCGAAUUACUGUUCAAGGCCGUUUCACGCGCGUAGGGUACCUCAUACGAAUUUGUUAUUGGUGGUGGUCGACGCGAUGUACCCGACCUGUUACAAGAGAUUAGAGGUAACACCGGUGAUCAUCUCGCCACUGGAGUAUGCGAACGGCAGCGAGAGUGCUCCCUGUCAUAAAAUUCCACUGAACGACCUUAAAAGGAGGCGCCUAGAGGGCUGUUUCACCGAACAUCCCUUGGAAUAUGAGAUCGAGGAUUGCGGAAGGGCAUCUGGACUGACCGUAUCUCUGUUACUGUUCUCCGUUGUUAUCGCGAGAGUUUUAUGUGCGUUUCUAUGA